UUGUAGCGGUGUUUGAAAAGGAUCACCAACCAGGGGACAUACCUAAUACUUUUGAUGUUGUAUUAGUUGAUGGAUUUUUCCUUAUACAUACAUUACGUGAUGUUCCAGCAACAUUUGGUAAUAUAUAAAAAAAAAUCAUGUCAUGUUUAACAGCUACAAAAGCUCCUCGAGUUGAUAUCGUUUUCGAUCAGUACAAGUCUCCCUCAAUUAAAGACUAUGAACGUCAUUUAAGAAAUGAAACAACUUCAAUCGAUUUCAAUAUAAGUGGACCAAUGCAAGUUCGACCAACUGAUUUUAAUAAAGGAUUAAAGAAUAUAAAAUUCAAACAGGCUUUGGUAACCUUUUUAAUCGAACAUUGGCGUCAACCUGAAAUGGUGCCUUUCAUUGGCCAAACUAUAAUAAAUUUGAAUUAUGAUUUUUGUUAUUCCUACAGGCUGGAAAACAAUAAUAUUAGUCAAACAAUAGAUGAUAAUUUAUAUUGUGAAAAUCAUGAAGAAGCUGAUACCAAAUUAGUUUACCAUGCUUGUCAACUUGAAUCUGAAUCAACUACCAACGUUCUCAUUAAAUCAUGUAAUACUGAUAUUCUAAUUAUCAUGCUUGGCAAUAUGGACAACCUAAAAUGCGAUAGCUUGAAUAUCUACAUGGAGUAUGGAGCUGCAAACAAAAAAAGAACUUUAAAUCUGACACAACUUUACGUUGAAUUAGGUCCGACUGUUUGUUCAAGUUUACCCGGGUUUCAUGCAAUUACGGGGUGCGAUUAUAAUCCAUCUUUUUUCAAAAAAGGCAAAAAAAGGCCUUUUCAAUUGAUUCGAGAAAAUCCUGAUUAUCAGAAAGCGCUAACUGAUCUUGGAAAUUCAAAAAUUCCUGGAUUACCGUAUGAAACGUUUGCGACACUUGAAAAAUUUGUAUGUGAAUUGUACGGGCACAAGAACAUUUCGGAUAUAAAUAAAGUACGUUACGAGAAGUUUUGCCUUACGUAUAAAUCAAAGGAUGUUAAUGAACCUUUUUAAAAAACUAUUAUGAAAUACGACGCUUCAAAUUUACCACCGUGUAAAGCUGAAUUACACCAACACCUCUUAAGAACUCAAUAUAUCACGAGUAUUUGGCGAAACGCUCAUCUAUGUACUCCUACAUAUUUGUUCCCUGGAACCCAUGGUUGGACUUUGCAAGAUGACGCCUAUGAAUUUAAAUGGUUCGAGGGUGAUUGUAUGCCACAAACUGUCUUGGAUGCUAUUAGAACCGGCUCAUCCACAGAAAAAGAUUCUGUUAACGAAGCUGAUGAACGCGAUUGUUACGAUGAAGACAUGUUUUCAAGUGAUGAUUCGACAGAAGAAGAAUCAGAUAACAGCAGCGAUGAAGAUGAAAAUUGAAUAAACGAUUUAAUAACUAUUUAAAUAUUAUACUUAGAAAUAAAUACUUUAACCUUUAUGU